AUGACUUCAAGCAUUAUUAUCAGACUCUCAUCAACGUUAAAAGAUAUUGGAAAUCAUAAUGCAAUGAUUCAAGUCGGAAAAAAUCCAGAUGCUAAAGUAUUUCCUGCUCAUUUAUCAGUUCUAAGAGCUUGCUCACCUUAUUUCGAAAAUCCACCACCAAUUUAUACUGUCGAGAAGAAUAAUAUAUUUUUGUUAAUCAAGGAACCAAACAUUAAUCCUACCACUUUUGACCUAAUCCACAAUUACAAUUCCUUAUACGCCAAACAUUUUCAUGAUUUAUGUAUUAAGCAAGCAACUUUGUUGCUUGUCAGUUUUCUUAAUUCAUCAAAAAUUUAUGGAGGAUAUAGAACAAAUAAGUCUAAAUACAGUGGAUUAUCCCUUUUUAAGGGUGAUUGCUUUAUCUUUUCCUUAGAAAACGAUGAAGAUACUAGAAAUAUGAAAAUGACUAGAAUUUUUUAUAACCACUUUGAUGAUCAUAUGAACUUUUGUUAUAAAGAUGUUAAUGACAAAGUUGUAAAACUUACAAAUUUCAGUCCGUCAAAAGUUGAAUUUUUUGAAAUAAAAUUACAUAAUAGGGUUGAUUUUCAUCCAAAUAUUCUGCGAUUUUAUGGUAUCACAAAGGAAGGAACUGAAUGUUGGAAAUACGAAAUUGAUGAACGUCCUGAUAUACAAAAAAUCGUUUCAACUCUUAAAACAAUUAUUUCUCUUGAACAUUGUGAAAUAUUUCAUGCAAAACUUAUUGAAGAAGUAGAUUUGCAGAGAAACGGUACAUCUAGUUAUAUAUCAAGUAAAGAACGAGAUGAUGAUUUAGAGAAUUUAGAAUUUCCUGAAGAUAUUAAUUAUUAUAUUGAUGAAAGUUCAAGUUUACAUAGCAGAAUAUCUUUUCAACCAAGUAUAUCGGACAAUAAUUCAUUAAUUAAUUCGUCAAUAGAAGAUAAAUCUAGUUUGAAAUCAAGAGAUGAUGAUUUAGAGAAUUUGGAA